AUGUGCUCAUUCGGCUCAAUGGCGAAGCUGGCAUUCCUGAUCUUGAGUGUCGUGGCAGAUCCGUCUAUCAAAAAGUCAACCUUUGACAGCGAGAUCGUGGACAUUCUGUGGCUGGGGGCUGACCGUGAGAUUGUGAUUCUCAACACUGGCCAUGGAACUCUCUACCGCAGCGCUGACCGAGGGCAAAGCUUUGCGGAGAAGUCCUUGCGCGCUGGAGUCAAGGUGGCCAGAGCCAUAAUGAGUCCGGCGGACAGCACCAUUGCGGUGGCGGUUGGAACUCGGCUGGAGGUCUUCGCAAGCUCCGACUCCGGGAACUCGUGGCACGAGGUAACCACUCCCGAGGCCAUACGAAUUUCCUUCAUGUUCCAUCCCACGAGACCGGAAUGGGCCUUGCUGUCUGCCUGGACAGCCGACUGCAGACUGAAAGUGCCCGGCAGCCCCUGCACACACCAACUCCUGGCGACCAAGGACCUGGGCAGAACUCGCCUAAAGAUGGUCUCCAGGCACGUUGUGCAGUUUAGUUGGGGCCGUGGACAUCACUCGGAUCGGAUAUACUUCACCCACUUCCGAGACAAGAGCAACAGUCAGCCCAUGCUCAGCAAAUGGAUGGAAGGGGUUGAUUUCGUGUCCACAGACGACAUGGGCAAAAGCACUGCUGUCCACGUGGAGAAAGGUAACAAGUUCGUGAUCUCUGAGCAGUUCGUCCUCAUAGCGAAGUUGGAGGAUGCUGGAAAGCAGAACGUGAGGCUCAUGGUAAGCAAGGACGGCACUGUUUUCCGCCAGGCCAUCAUUCCCACUCAGCUUGCGGAGAAGUCGUACACCAUUCUUGACGCAUCUGAAGGGUUGGUCGUGAUGCACGUCAAUCACGGAGAAGGCCUCGGCAAUGUCUACGUUUCUGAUGAGUCAGGAACAAGAUAUGUCCUAUCGUUGCAGCACAACGUUGGAGUCAAUGGGCAUGCCGCCUUUGAGAAAAUCUCCAACUUGAAAGGAAUCUAUUUUGCAAAUGUUUGGUCAGAGGAUGCAGGCGCAGGACUCCCCGCACACUUUGCAGCAAGCUGGUUGGACCAUGGUGACUACCAGCUUGGGGAUGACUCCACACAGUCCCAAUCAGAGCAGUCCAUUCGCUACCUGAAGGCUCGGCCCUCGCCAACUCUGUCACAGCGACGUUUGGCAGAGAGGCCAGCCUUGUCUGUCCAAAGUGUGAUCUCCUUCAAUGUCGGGGGUGCUUGGUCAAAGCUGAAGCCACCCAGCAAGGACUCAGUGGGCAACCCAAUCAGCUGCUCCAAGAACUGCUCGCUGCACCUUCAUGAUGCAACUUUCCAAGAUCAUUUCGUGCCAUUUUAUUCCUAUGACAAGGCUGUGGGGAUCAUUAUGGCAGCUGGAAAUGUCGGAUCCCAUUUGAGCUACAACGCGGAGGAUUCGAACACCUACCUUUCCCGCGAUGGCGGCCUCACCUGGUCAGAGGUUCGCAAGGGCGUCUACAUCUACGAGUUUGGAAACCACGGGGCCGUGCUUGUGAUGGCGGCCGUGAACUCGCCCACUGACUCAGCAAUAUACUCGUUGGACGAGGGCAAGACAUGGCAAAGCGUCAAACUGGAUACCGUGCUGCUAAAUGUCACCAACAUCCUAAUCGAGCCAACUGCUGUGUCGACCGAGUUUCUGGCCUUUGGCAGUAUUGGAGGUGCAGGCGUUGUCUAUCGCCUUGACUUUGAUGUCUUGGGGUGGCAAUCCUGCAAAAAACCGUCCGAGCCGAGCACUGCCAACUCAGACUAUGAAUCUUGGGCUCCUUCUGAUGGAACGGCAAACCGAGAUUGUCAAAAUCUGGUCUCCUGCGGCUGUUUGCUGGGACAGCAAGUUCGGUAUGUCAGACGAAAGCAGAUGUCCAAAUGCUUCAACCGCCUGAAAGAGAGGCUGCCAGUCAUCUCGGAGGUGUGCCCAUGCACCGAGGAGGACUUUGAGUGCGAGAUGGACUUUGAGCGCGCGCUUAACCAGCGGACCUGUGUGGCAAAUGAAAUGCCUCCCCCUCGCGCGGACUUCGGGCCCAUGCAGGAGCACGAGUGUUCCCAGCUGGGCUACUUCAAAGUUGACAUGUACCGACGUGUUCCUGGCGACCGUUGCAUUGGCGGCUGGGUGCCUCCGCAGCUGGACGUUCAGUGUCCAACUCGUCCAACUCGUCAAUCGCAUGUGAUCGGCAAAGUGGCCGUCGCUGCCAUUCUGCUGGCUGCUGUGAUUUACCUGGCAAGGUCAGGACGAUGUCAAGAUUGGUCGGACCGCGUGUCGAGCAGAACGCCCUACAUUGACUUUUCAAAGCCAUCAGCUUUCGGGCGCCCAACAGAAUUGCCGGAGAUCUCCCAGAGAUCAGUGGUGCAGUUCUGA